GGCGCCAUGGCAACACAGGGAGAUUAGCUUCGCCAAAUCGCUUACUUUAAUUCUCCAUUUAGAAACUAGUUACUAUCUAGUUAACUGUUCAGAAAUAAAAUAAUGAAACUGAUAAAGCAGCCAUGGUUAGCGUGUAGGCUUAAUGUAUACUUAAUCUAAUGAUGUGAUGUUUUUUCUAGCUAAACUAAUUUGUAGCACUGUUUAACAUGAGAGUAAUUAGCAGUGCGCGUUUCAUUGUUAGCUACUUAGCUUGAUCGUUAUAUAAACUACUUAAAGGACUGUUAUGUAUUUUUUUAGCUAUCCGUCUGAUAUUAUCUUCAUGACUGGAACCGAAAUGUUUUUGGAGUCCAGCUUCAGAAGUGCCAGCUAGUAAGGGAACUUUAGCACAGUGUUACGAUACCACAUACAAGUGUUGGGCGUCUUUGAGCUUGCUGCAGAAAGUGACCAUGUCCGCGGAUCAGACAUCUGUGGGGAUUGGAGCACAUGGACUGCUCCAGGGACAGCGAGCUAAAUCUUACGGCAGCUUGGUGACCUCCUCUGUAUCACCAGUCCGACAAAAACCCAUCCAACACAACGUCCAACCGGGCGAAACUUUACAAGGAUUGUCACUAAAAUACGGCGUGUCUAUGGAGCAAAUCAAAAGGGCCAAUAGACUGUACACCAACGAUUCAAUAUUCCUGAAGAAGGUCCUCUCCAUUCCCAUUCUAACAGAGUCACUGUCAUUUACUAAUGAGAACGAAUUGCUUGAAGAUGAAUCGAUUCUUCAGCAUCAGCAGGUCCCUGUUGAGAAUGGCCAAAGAGUCUCAGAAAUUCAAGAAGUGACUACAGAUAUUUCUCCCUCAGAUUAUUUGAAAAGGAUGGAUAGCUUGAUUUAUCAGUCAAAACAAGCAGCUAUAAAGACAUGUCAAGAAGCACAAGAAGUAAAGUUUUCUUCAACACAACAGAAUCUAUACAGACGUCAGGAGUCCUGCGGCUCUUCUCUGGGUGAACAGGUCACAUUGGGCUCUGUGCCACUCACCAUCACCAAACGUACCAAGAAACUGCGGGAUAGAGAAGAUGAGAUUUUUCAGCUCUGAGGCUGGCUUAUUAACCGAACUGCAUGAUUAGUGUGAAGUGUUUACGUCCACAGGAACAAAUGAAAAAUUAAGGUUGCACAGGUGAGGGACAGAUUUCACUGGAAAAAACACUGCUUAUUUCAUUAGAUUGCAAGGAUCUGAGAUCGCUACAUGAAUGAUGUAAAGUAUUGUGGAAUUGAUGUGCGCUGCCACCUGACUGACUGUGCUAAUAUGGUCUCAGGGACACGUGCCAUGUUGGCAUACUAGCCUAAUUGUUUACAGAAGAAAAAGGAGCGCUGGUCAUGACAGUAAUCUGGUUCAAAUCAGAACCGAACAUUUGUUUAGAAAUCAAGGAAAAUAUAAGCUAUAUAUUUCAUCUGCACAACAUUUAAGGUGUCUAAGCCAAGUUUGAAAUAAUCUCUCAUGGACACUUUAGUGCUUUACCAUAUGUUUGUUCUCAUGUUUGUUCUCAUGUUGUAUGUGAUGCUGCAUAAUUUGAUUAGGUCACUUAGCUGCUGCACUGUUAGGGGUUAUUUAAUGAAGCAGGAUUGCUCAGUUAGCCAAGUUUAAGUCAAAAAGAAAAUCAGUCAGUAGCCCUCCUAGCUCACUGAGUAAUCCUCUCUGAAACACUAUUAAUUGUCAUUGGUGAUGUAACCAAACCGCCUUGAUGCAAUAUUUUGUCUUCUUUGUCACUGUGAAACAGAACUGAUUUCUAGGUUGUAUACACUGGCUUCCAUGUUCGUCAGGGGAAUUGGUAUGUUACUUCUGAUUAAAAAAAUGUACCUUAUAACAGUUUAGUAUGCCAAAUAUCCUGUUUCUGUAUUUGGAUUUAAACCUGAAGUUGUUCUGGCCUAAGUCUGAUUGUUUUUUUUUUUUGUUUUUUUUUUAUUGAAUUGAAUAAUUAGUGAUAUAGGAACCCUAUUCCAAUUCGCCCAGAAACACUUUAAAAAUCUCAGAUGUUGAAAUGUCAAUGCUGUCUGUGUUCUGUUUUUAAAUUAACUUGCACAAUUUACAUGUUAGUUGUAUUUGUAUUCUAAUUUAAACAAUUUUACCCUGAACUGGCAAUUAAUAAGGACUCUGCAUUUUCUUGUUCAUGAAUGUGGUCUUUAGUUGAGCUCAAACCCACUUGAAAGUGAAAAAAUAAAA